UAAUCUCUGUUCUAGAAUGGAAAGUGCCGUCAGGAUAUCUUGGAUGAUCGCGAUGUUAAUAUAUUGAGGAAGUAUGAUGUCAUUGGUAUGACCGUUACUGGAGCUGCAACUCGAUUACACUUGUUGGGUAUGUGCUUUCUAUAUGGAUAUAAUUAUAUGCAUGAACAUUAGUACGAUCAUCAUGAUAUCAUUGCGGUGCCCAAACGAAGUUAGAAAUCGCUUUUCUCAGCUGCAUGAAAAACGAGGGCUUCGUUUUCAAUGAAGCUGUAAAUUUCCUAAAUUACCCCUCACUUUUUAAUUUAUAAAAUGUAAAGAACAGCGAAAUAAUUUGAAGACCGAACUGAAAUUACUCAACAAUGUAAACCUAUUUUGUUGUAUUAGGUAAAAACAAUUUAUCAGCAAAAGCAGUUUUAAUUUAACUUUUAAUAGUUGGGUGAACAUUUCAAAUAUUUUACGAAGCGAUUCAGGAUAAAUUUUAGAUUAAAUCCAACUUCACAAAAUGGAAAACACAUUGCUACUACAAUAUACAUAUUUCGGAAAUUAAUUGUUGUAUAUACAGUUAAAAAUACUAAGCUUUCAACUUCUGUUGCCAUUUUGUACAAAAAGAUAAAACAAAUUAAAUUAUCGUGUUACCAUGGCAACACUUAACGUAGAGCCAGCAUUCAGUUUUGACCGAUUACUCAUGCAUACUUCAUGUUAAAUCAAUGUUUGGAAAACAUAGUCGAGGGUUACAUGCAUGUAUUUGUUGUCAUAGAUGAUAAUUACAUAAUGAUAUUUGCAUGGAUUUAAAAACUAAGGUCUUCAUAUAGACAUAGUGCAGAUGGAUUCCUUAAAUAAAAGUAUUUUUUAAUUGUUGUCAGAUGAUUGUCUCUUUAAAAUAGAUAAAAUCGAUCUCAUACAAUGUGAAAGGCGGGCACUUGUUAAAUCAUGCAUGUAUAUUUAGUUUUUUUUCCAGGUGGCCAAAAAAUUUGCAGUUAGCCCUGCGUGGUCCAAAUUACUUGCCCGCUUUUCUUAUUGCUUGCAAAUUGCGACAGGAGACCGGACACCGAAGAAACUGUUUUGUGUUAUUUUUCAUAUUGUCAAAAUUGAGUGUCCGCCAAUUUUCUCAAACCCAAUUACUUGAAAAUUUUCAUAAAUCAAGCGGAUAAAUUAAGAUUGUCGUCUGAUGAAUAAAAUUCGGCCACAGAACAGGAAAUUAGUCAAACCGCAAAUGAAAAUAGUAUAUGAUUAUGAGUUCAAUAAUCAAUUUACAAGGUGAAGGUGUAUUCCAGUUUUAAGACAGUAGAGUGCUAAAGUCUAACGUUACCAGUCCCAUUUCAUCGCUUUUAGACUACGGAUCAUCGUGGAAGUUUUACCUCGCCCCCAACUUCUCGUACAAAAUCUCUCUCCGAAUUUACUCUUCAAGUUUAUAAUGGAUGAGCAGUUAAACUGACAGCAGCUUCUAUUACUUACUGGAGGACCAUGAGCUGCUAUUCUUGACAGGCCUAUCAAGUUUCACGCCCCUCAUGGAAGCCAGCCUUCCAACGGCUGUUGAGGCUAUCGUGGUUUAAAUAAAGUUUUGUAUGUAUGUAUGUAUGUAUGUAUGUAUAUAUGUAUGUAAGUGCUGUGUUGUGUUGUCGCAGAUGCUCGACCUUGACUAACUCUCGAGUAAAUGCUAAAUAUGCCCUGAGCUGGAGCUUCGCUAAAAGCACAUGGGGUCUCAGACAUACAGUAUGUGUAAAUUCCAAUCUCUUGUCGAUUGCUGUCCAGAGCAAGUUGUUGUAUCUGUCUGACACUGCCAUUGCCUCUUCAACUGUAAAGGGUUCUGACUUAGUUACUGUGUCAUGAGCCUCUUCUUUCGAGAAAAGCUCGUCGUGCCCGGUGAUGUACUCAAAAAGCUCGUGACUGAAGCGUUUCGUACUGGAGAUCACAAUGCCUGUGGCAUCAUCUAUUAUAUGCUUAUCCCAUUAUUGAAACUGCGGCUUGACUCGGAGAGUAUCAGCUUUAGGGUGAACAUGAAAAAGUACCUCAUCCAAGAACAAGUGCAAUACCCAGAGGGCAUAUCAAAAUACACCUUGUUUUCCAAGAAACUUUCCGGCAUAUCAAAUUCAUAUACAACCAACCUUGUGCUGGACCAAACGUUCGGUCGCUUGAACUUGCCAUUCGUGGUAAGUAGUAAAUCAGUGUACAGUAGGCUACAGUACCUUAUCCCGCUUCACUCUAGAGAGUUUAUCAGCGGUCAUGCAGUAUAAAGAAUACUAUACCAUCAAUACUUCAACAGAUAAACAAGAUAAUGUCUAAUAAAUAUGUUGUGUUUCAAGGAAAAUUCUCGUAGUCUAAUAACUGUAAUGGUCAUACCUAAACGUAACCGAUCAAUUGUCGUAUCUCUGGUGCUAUUUGCUGCGUCAUCGCAUACUCUCAAUGUCUGCGUCAUCAUCUUUGUGUUCUCUGUUUACUAGAUGAAGAAUGUCCCAUCUGAUUGUGAUCUCCUUUCCCAAGAUCGUCACGAUUGUAGUUGUAAACGGCUGAUUUCCCUUUGCGAAUGCUCCGUCUUCGGUUAUACCUACGUACAAUUCUCUUCUUCACCUCCUCUUCAUUGAUCUGAAACACAAAAACAUGAGUAUUGUCAAAAUUAAUUUGCUCAAAAAUCAUGAUACCUUAUUUAGUAUUUACUCAGUUAAAUGCCCAUAAGGAUCAGUCGCGAAUAUUUUAUCGUAUACUUGUAUUUAUUUAAUGUUAGUAUAUAUUUCGUGUAGGGACAAACUUAAGUGACAUAACAUGUGCAAUACUAUGGUUGACAUGAUUUGCCAAUAAGCUUAUGAAUUAUUAGUAAGUGUUUGAAGAUUUAUUUUAAAAUUAUGCUAAAAAUUUUAGAUCUACUGAAACCAUGUGCUGUGAUCGUUGAAGAAGCUGCAGAAAUAAUCGAGGGUCAGUUGACUUCAGUCUUCCCACCCACUAUACAGCAUUUGGUUAUGUUAGGAGAUCAGGAGCAGCUUCGACCUCGUGUAAAUUGUUACAAAUUGUCGACAGAAAAGUAUCUUGACUGUUCUAUGUUUGAACGACUGAUAAAUAACAAGAUGCCGUUUGAACAGCUUGGACAACAAUGUCGAAUGCGAGAUGACAUUGCCGAUCUCCUUCGGUCAUUAAACAUAUACAAGGAUUUAAAAACAAACAAGGAGGUAGGAUUUAUUUUUCAUUAAUUUCAUUGUUGUUCUAACGCCAGUAAGUUUUUCCUUCCUAGGUUUUUUUAAUUUUAAUGUAACAGAUAUUAGGGUACGUUCGUUGUUCAUUGCUCACAAAUAACCGAGUCCAAAUAACCGAGUCUUGUUAA